ACAUAUGCUGAUAUUGUUUGUGAAUAAUUAUCAUUAUUCUAUUUUGAACUAUCGAGGUAUGCGAUAGUUGCUACUUUAAGAGUAGGUAUAUUAAAACUAAGCAGAGUUAUAAAUUCGUCUGUACGAGGAUGUUCUAUUUGUUGGUAUGGUUAUGUGUCAUAUCAGUGUUUGGAACUUCAUCAAGUAUUCGAAUUAAAAAUGAGAACAUCGAGAACCCUGUGCUCUUUGACGGAGAUGGUCCUGAUUCAAACAACAUAUAUUAUAAAGAGUGUGCACCCAGAGUUACCUGCAAUCGAGGUGCCAUUUACAGGACAGCGGAUGGCACAUGUAAUAAUUUAAAGAAUCCAUUGUGGGGGUCGUCUGAAACCCCAUACAUCAGACUUACUGAAGCUGCUUAUAAUGAUGGCGAUUAUGAAGUUCGUAGACAAGUGGAUGGUUCUCGGUUGCCUAGACCUCGUCAAUUACAGUUAAAAAUGUUUUUACAAAAAUCCACGGAUUACAGUGACUCUAACAAUUAUCAUCUAAGUCAAUUUGGCCAAUGGACCAAUCAUGACAUCAGUCUUAUGCCACCCGAUAAAUCAGGGCCAGAAAGAUGUUGUUCCAUUCCGAUUUAUGAGAUCAACAGUAAUAGCCCAUACCAAUGUCAAUUAGCUAUUGAAAUACCUACCAAUGACCCAGUUCUUAGUAAUUAUGGACAAACAUGUAUGGAAUUUAGGCGUGCAAUGACGGCUGCUAAUAAUUUUAACUGCCCUGUAACUCCUCAAACUCCAGUGAAUCAAGCGACCUCAUUCUUUGACGCUUCACAAUUAUACGGACACAAACCAGAUACGGCAGCAUCAAUUAGAUCGUUUUAUGGUGGAAAAUUGAAAACAGAUAUUAUAAAUGGACACGAGUUUUGUCCUCAGAAAAAAAGAUAUGGAUCAUUAAUAUGUGAUGAUCGGGAUAACGUGGGAGUUUGUUUUGAAGCUGGAGACCCAAGAUUAAAUCAACACUUUGGACUCACAGCGUAUACCACAAUGUUUACCCGGUUUCAUAAUAUUGUGGCUGAUAAGUUACAAAAAAUAAAUCCUCAAUGGUCUGAUGAAGUGUUGUAUCAAGAAGCUAGAAAGUUCGUUGGUGCACUCAACCAGAUAAUUGUUUAUCGGGAUUAUCUACCCAUUCUACUUGGUCAAUCAUUCACCGAACGCGUUGGUUUGUAUAUUAGUAAGACUAAAAGAACACGAUACAACUCUUCACUCAUGCCGCAACUGACCACGGAAUUUGCUGGCGGUGCUUUCCGAGUGCCACAUAAUACACUGCCUUCGACAUACGAGUACAUAAAUAAAAAUUAUAAAAUAGUGGAUUCAGUUAAAUUUCACGAAUGGAUGUCGAAACCUGAUCCCUUAGUAAGGGGUAAUAAAUUUGACCAAAUAGUCAGAGGCAUGUCUACAAAUGCAGGCCGUUUGUUUACACCGUCGUUUAACUAUUUUAUAUCAAAUUUAAUGUUCACCACACACAUCACUGGUAACGAAGAUUUGCUGUCAGUCGAUAUUCAAAGAGGUCGCGAUGUCGGCAUACCACCCUAUACUGUUGUAAGAAAAUUGUGUGGUUUUCCAGAAGUCAAUUCAUUUGACGAUUUAUUAAAUAUUAUGCCAAAUUACGACGUCGAAUCACUGAAAGCACAGUACCGUUCAGUUUAUGACGUUGAUCUUCUCGUGGGAGCUUUACUGGAACCACCUGUGGAUGGCGGAACGGUUGGUCAAACUGCACAGUGCAUCUUAGCUGAUGUAUUUUACCGUGUUCGAUUCGGCGAUCGUUUCUUUUAUGAUGUCAGAGGUCAACCGGGAAGCUAUUCUCUAGCACAACUGAGAACUUUGGAAAAAAUCGACCUAGGUCAUGUGUUAUGUGCCACGACCGAAUUGAAUGAAGUACCAAUGAAUAUUUUCAAGUCAUCAAAAUAUUCACCAAUGAUAAAAUGCACAAGAAAAUUAUCAAAGUUGGAUCUUAGAGCUUGGAGAGCAUAAUUUUUUACUUAGUUAUAUACAUUUGAUAAUACUAUUAUAUUCAAGACGUUACUUGUAUAUAAAUAAAUUAUAAUGAAUAACGUUAUAUAUAAAGAUUUGGGUACUUGACUGAAGUGCCUAUAUACAUAGGUCUUUAAACGUUCUAAUAUUGAUACAUCUUGUUGUGAAAUUAUUAUUUUAUUCAAAUUUAAUAUAUUUAAGUAUUGUCAGUCUAU